UUUAGUCUGUGCAAGCGGGCACGCAUGCUGUCACUCGUAUCGUCUGGCGAACUGUUUUCGUUUUGUCGUAGAAAUAAAACAUCCACAAAAUAAUAAAUUACUGCUGCUGCCGUGUUUGCCGUGAAAAAGCUGCACUACAAAGCCUCGCAUACCUGUCCCAGUCCUGACCACCGAGUACACGUGGUUAACGCUGUGGUAAUCGAAAUCUUUAGUAGCGGGUAACCAACAUGAACGGUGGCUCUGUCCGGCGGUGGUCAGCGACCGAUUCGUUCGGCGGCGACCAACACCGUGAAAUCCGGCUAGACGACGGUUGUGGAUGCCAAAUCCGAUACCCUCACGUGUGGCUUAGGAACAACUGCCAGUGUUUAUUGUGCACAUCCACCGAGUCCGGUUUCCGGAAACAAGUGAUCCGUGAUUUUCGGUUCAGUUCAGCGCCGACRCGACUCCAAGUUAUAAGCAAUGAUAAACUUUAUGUGAAAUGGGAUGACAGCCACGAGAGUACUUACGACUUACAAUGGCUACUAGAGAGAAAUUUUAAUGAGGGUCAAGAACGCCACGAAAAUCAGCAAGUCAAAUGGACUGCUGAAUCGUUUACAACUAUAUUCCGGUCAUUUAAAUAUGAUGAUGUACUUAAAAGUGACGAAACUUUACUGAAGUGGUUGGAAACUUUGACAGUUUAUGGCAUCUCAAUGAUAAAAAGUUGUGGGUUGGAACAAGACCGGGUAAAAGAACUUGCCGGGCGUGUUGCAUUUUUGAAGAAGACACAAUACGGAUCACAAACACAAUAAACAAGAUGAAAAAACWUUGAAUCGACAAAAAAUUAGCCAUGGUCUCAAACAAAA